AUGCAACCCAGAUUGUGUUUACAUUGUCACUGCAGGCGUGGUUAUGUGGCCAAGAAGGCUUCUCUACAUCUCCAUGAACUUGUCAACUGUCGCUGGGUGGAAGAAGUGACACAGCAGCUCGACUCCCUACAGCACUACACACUGCCUUCAAAGGUUGAAGACUGCGACAAAGACAGGUGUGAAGAACAUCAAGAGAAACUAAGUGUUUAUUGCUGGAUCUGUCGCCAGUCCAUAUGUCACAAGUGCGCCCUCUGGGGAGGAACGCACACUGGUCAUACAUUCAAGCCAUUGGACAGUGUGUAUGAUGAACACUACAGUAAAAUCAAGGAGGAGGUCAAGCAACUGAAACGCCGAUAUGUCGAAGUGGUCAGUUUUGUCCAAGAUGUUGAACGCAACGUUGACAGUGUGAAAAAUGCUAAAGAUGAAAGAGUUCGAGAAAUUCGUAAUGCUGUGGAGUUGAUGAUAGCUCGACUGGAGUCACAGCUGAAGAAUAAGUUACUGACACUUAUGGGUCAGAAGAACCAACUGACCCAGGAGACUGGUUUACUCGAAACGUUGAUUGAUGAAGUUGAGACUCAGCUCAAUGUGUGCGGCAAGAGUGAACUGAUAGAGAAGAGUGCCGAACUGAUGCAGAUGUUUAAACAUGUCCACCGGAAGCCCAUGGUGUCCUUUGUUACCGCACCAGUCCCUGCCGAUUUUACCAGUGAAAUUGUUCCACACUAUGACUGUAGUGCAUUUGUGAUGGAAAACUUCAGCAUCCUCCAACAAAGGGCAGACCCUGUCUACAGCCAGCCCUUGCAUGUGUUUGGACUUAGCUGGCGGCUUAAGGUGUACCCAGACGGCAACGGUGUGGUCCGAGGGAAUUACCUGUCAGUAUUUUUGGAGCUCUCAGCUGGCCUUCCGGAAACAUCAAAGUAUGAGUACCGUGUUGAAAUGGUUCACCAGGCAUCAAAAGAUACCAGUAAGAACAUUGUGAGAGAGUUUGCAUCUGACUUUGAGGUUGGUGAAUGUUGGGGCUACAACAGAUUCUUCCGACUGGACCUGUUAGCUAGUGAGGGUUACCUGGACACGCAGAACGACACCCUCAUAUUAAAGUUCCAGGUUCGUCCGCCGACUUUCUACCAGAAAUGUCGAGACCAACAAUGGUAUAUACAACAAAUGGAAUCAGCCCAGUCUGGUUACAUAACCCAAGUCAAUGAUUUAAAGGAGAGGCUGGCUCUAGAGAUAUCACGGAACCAGGCCACCGCCAACAAGAAUGGCAGCUUAGACAUGCAAGGCUGUGAUAACCCGAUAUCCCAUCAUGCAAUACUGCAUCCGAAACCUGUACGUCCGACAGUUCCCGAAGUAGAGCAUCCGAGCUCAGAGAUAGAAGAAGAAGACCUGGAGUCAGACACCAGCACUGAAUCUAACGAGAAUUGGUUAUCAAAACAUGGACUCAGUGAGAUUGAGGAGCUGGAUGACACCACAGACGAGACAGCGUACGAGAGCCACACUUACAGUAAUGAUGAGAAUGACAUCGAUGAAGAAACUAUGUCUGUUGACAACGAUGUGGGUGAUAAUGAAAUGGUGGUGUCCUUAACGACAGUGUCAGCAGCGAAUAAAAGCCGAACUGGUGCCAACGCUGCAGAUGGAGGCGAACAAGACGACACAACGCUAUUGUUCCAGCUACUUGGUGAUCGUGCUGUACCCGAUGAAAACAGCUGGCCACAGCUCUCCUCGAUCAGCACAUCUGCUACAAAGAAGAAAGAUUCUUCUAUCUGGAUGGAAGAAGUCCAAGCAGCAUUUCAGGCCCAACCGUCAGCACAAGCACCUCCUCAGGUUGUGCCUUCCUCCUCUGCCGCCACCACUAACGCUGCCACUACUGCUGACACCGUUUCCAAAGGUCGCAGCAGUGGCAAGAAAGGGUCGAAGAAGAGCCUGCUGUUGCUGUCGUCAACGGAGGAGAUGCUGGAGCACAUCCAGGCACGGUUCUCCGAGAUCACCACAGGCCGGAUGAACGUGAGUGAGCGUGACGCACCUGUGCUGCUACCAUCCAGGUCCAGAUCAGAACGACACUUUGAGAAAAAAAGUAAAAAUCCCAUCAGCGCCAUCGUGCAACCAUUGAGGAAAUCUCUACAGGAGAGAAAUGCUAAUUUGUCUACAUCCACGAGCAGUGACCAACCCACUGCAGUCUCAUCAUCAUCAUCAUCAUCAUCAUCAUCGGCUUUAUUAGAUUCAACAUCCUCCCGGUCCUGCAAAACAUCACCUGCCCCGUUAGCCACAGCCACUACAACCAACAGCUGUAAUAAUAGUCCAGAAAGUUCCUCUACUAGCUUCUCUACACACCCUGAAGUUUCUCGGGUUCAUGACAGUGGAGAAGGAUCAGUUAAUAUUUCAGUUUGUGAUGCACCUAACAUGGAGAACAACAUACCCCAAAUUGGUCCCUCAGAAGCCACGAGUGGUGGUUCAUUGGUGGCUCAGAAACCAUCUGUGAGUGACGGUGACCCCACCAACAACAGGACUACAGAUUCCACAACCUCACCACCAGGCAAAGGAAAGGAUUCAAGUCUACCAUGGGGCCUAUCAUUCCUGAAGAAUUCUUUCAAACCUACAUCAUCUUCGUCCAGUAAAGAGGGUGCCACCAGCAACAACAACAGUGCUAACAUGGAGUGUGACAGUGAGGAGCCAGUGUGUGGGGCUACAAUGGGCAGUAGUGACCCUGCAGGAGCAGUAACUGCUGCCGCUACAGCUAUUGUCACCGGUGGCAAUCAGGGUAACUGUUCUCGGAAGACAUCAACUGGUAGUAGCUCAGGCAGCCCCCAAGUGGAGUUUAGUACACAAGGGAACGUUAAGGACAGAUCGGAAGAUGUGGACUCGUCCUCAGUUGUAUGACAAGGAAGAAACCCCAGUUUUCAGGAUGUUGACCACAGGGCUUGAACACUGGUCUGGUCUUUUCUACUCCAGUCUAGUCAACUCUAGUCUGGUCUGGACCUCUCUGUUCUAUAUUGCUCCUCCUGGCUAGUCCCUAUGACCAAGAUGUGGUUGAGUUCAUUAUUUCUGUGUCCACAUUCUCUGUCAUGUCUGAUGUAUCGAAUUGCAGAAAAAAAAAUAAUAAUAAAGGAAUAAAAAUAAAGUAACAGAAAAAAGAAAAAGACUCAUAAUAAAACAGUAAAUGAAUAAAAACAACUAAACAAAAUAUCAAAUGAUGUGA